UCUUCUGCAGUGACAGGAUGUUCAAGAAAACCUCCUGGAGGAACACGGCGAGCGAUGCCGUGAGUUUCCAUCAGGACCAAGCGCUCAACACGACCAUCUUCCUCCUGAGAUCCUUCGGCCCCACGGGGUUCCUGCUCCGAGAGGAGGGAGACCCCCGACCCUACAAGGUCUGCUUGGGCGACCCACACACGUGCACGUGCGCUGUGUUCACCAAGAACCAGGAGCCGUGCAAACACAUCUGCUGGGUUUUCUUGCGGAAAUUCAGAAUACCCAGAGAACAUGAAUAUUCAUUUCAACACGGACUUGUUGAGAGACAGAUCUCGGAGGUGCUCCACGGUUUACACCAGCCCAAAGCCCACCGGAUGGAACACGAUCCCCCAGCCGCUCCCGGGGCCUGGAGCCGAGCCGCCCCGGGCCCGGAGCCUGGAAGCGUCUGCAGGAAGCCGAUGGAAGCCCAGGAUGUGUGUCCCAUCUGUCAGGAGGAGCUGCUGGAGAGAAAGCUGCCCGUGUCUUACUGCAGGUCCGGCUGUGGCAACAACUUCCACAUCUCGUGCAUGAAGGUGUGGGCCGAUCACCAGCGGCUGCUGGGCCACGAGGAGACGGUGAAGUGUCCUCUGUGCCGGGAGGACUUCAGCUCGGUGAAGUUCCUCCACCAGCAGGUGAAAAACGCAGCCAAGCUCUUCACGGCUGCAGAGAGAGAGAAGCCGGGCAGACACCUGGGAGUUUCCUGUCACGUCUGCCAGAUCUGCCCGAUCAAUGGCAAAUGUUUCAAAUGCACAGUCUGCAGUUUCCUGUACCUGUGUGAGGACUGUUCAAAGAGAGGCGGCCACCCACAGCAUCCGCUAGCUUCACGAACAAAAAGAAGAGAUGAGUGGCACCUUGUGGACCAGAGAGAUGAACCGAAGGGAGACUCCUCUCAGUCAACAAAUGACAGCGUCCUGCCUGUGGCUUCAGACCAUCUUCCAGAGAAAGUGUUGGGAUGUCUCCCGACUGUCCAGGUGAGAUCCGGCUCUCGGCUCCUGGACCCGGGGCAGCAGUGUCGGAUCUGUCUGCAGAGUUUCACCCUGGGCCAGCGAGUCCGGACCCUCCCAUGUCAGCACAAGUUCCACGCGGACUGUGUGGACGAGAUCCUGCGGAAGUCGAACUCCUGCCCUCUGGAUGGAUUUGUCAUUUAUAACCCUCUGACCUGGAGAGCCAGUGAAAAGAAGACCUCCUGCUCUCCCAGUGGCUCAACCAAACCAGAAGAUGGUUUCAAGGACCUGUUUAUCCCCGGAGUGGCGCUGCUGCACAGAAACGCUUCAUCUCAUCCUUCACGUGAUCCUUCAGAAACUAUCGACCUCCCACACAAGCUAAGUGACCAGUUUGUUGACUUGUCUGUUCAGAAAGGAAAAGGAGUUUUGCAGAAACAGCAAAGUCAAGUGUUCCCUAAAGCAGACUCCUCAAAACUCAGAGAGCAGCAGCAGAUGAACCUUUUUGUAGGUUCUCACCGAGCAGAACCAGUUCUCACUGCUCCUGCAGCGUCUCCCGCCCGGAGAACUUCAGCUCAGCCCAAAAGAUCCGGCCUCACUUCUCAAGACAAGACGGAGAAACUGACCUCAGAGCUCAAAAUGACCGGGGUCUUAAUAAGCUCAUAUCACAGGAAGACAGACAUCUAA